GUCUCUGACGAUGGAAGAAGGGGUCCACCAUCGAGAAGCCUGAACGGUGAUACCAGGACAGUUCUUUGACACUGGCAGUUACUGGCCUGAGAUACAGGAGACGACAAACAUGCUGAAGCCAAGUGGACUUAAAAUCCCUGGCAGGGCAGGGAAGCACUCCAGCCCAGUGGGACGGGCAUCAGGGACAGCUGCAGCUGCAGUCACCACUGGUUCAAAAGAAGGCUCACCUUUACACAAGCAGGGUACCACCUCCACCGCCAGCGCUGAGAAGUCGGGGUCAAAGGUUGCCGAGGUGGGCGAUGAUUUCCUGGGAGACUUUGUGGUGGGCGAACGUGUCUGGGUAAAUGGAGUGAAGCCAGGUGUGAUCCAGUAUCUUGGGGAGACGCAGUUUGCUCCAGGCCAGUGGGCAGGGGUCGUUCUGGAUGACCCGGUGGGUAAGAAUGACGGCUCUGUUGGUGGAGUACGUUACUUUGAAUGCCAGCCGCUGCAGGGGAUUUUUACGCGACCUUCCAAGCUGACGCGGCAACCGGUGGCCGAAGGCUCAGGGAGCGACGCCCACUCCGUGGACUCCCUCACGGCUCAGAACUUGUCACUGCACUCAGGGACGGCCACGCCACCUCUCUCCACUCGCGUCAUCCCCCUGCGGGAGAGCGUCUUGAACAGCGCCAUGAAGACUGGCAACGAGUCUGGAUCUAACCUGUCGGACAGUGGGUCUGUGAAAAAAGGGGAGAAGGACUUACGACUUGGAGAUCGCGUGCUGGUUGGCGGGACAAAGACAGGUGUCGUGCGCUACGUGGGAGAGACGGAUUUUGCCAAAGGAGAAUGGUGUGGUGUGGAACUGGAUGAGCCCCUGGGGAAGAACGAUGGGGCGGUCGCUGGAACAAGGUAUUUCCAGUGCCCACCCAAGUUUGGCCUCUUUGCUCCCAUCCACAAGGUGAUCCGGAUUGGGUUCCCGUCAACCAGCCCUGCCAAGGCAAAGAAGAGCAAACGAAUGGCCAUGGGAGUGUCUGCCUUAACCCACAGCCCCAGCAGCUCCUCCAUUAGCUCUGUCAGCUCGGUGGCAUCAUCUGUUGGGGGCAGGCCCAGCCGCAGCGGGCUGCUGACAGAGACCUCUUCUCGUUAUGCCCGGAAAAUCUCUGGCACCACAGCUCUCCAGGAGGCACUGAAGGAGAAGCAGCAGCACAUCGAACAGCUGCUGGCAGAGCGUGACCUGGAGCGGGCUGAGGUUGCAAAAGCCACCAGCCACAUCUGUGAGGUAGAAAAAGAGAUUGCCAUCAUGAAGGCCCAACAUGAGCAGUACGUCACAGAGGCAGAGGGAAACCUCCAGCGUGCCCGUGCCUUGGUGGAUGGGAUGCAAAAGGAGAAAAUAGAGCUGUUGAACCAACUGGAAGAGGAGAAGAGGAAAGUGGAGGACUUGCAGUUCCGUGUCGAGGAAGAAUCCAUUACGAAGGGGGAUCUGGAGACUCAGACGCAGUUGGAGCAUGCCCGAAUACGGGAGCUCGAGCAGAGCCUGCUGUUUGAGAAGGCACAGGCUGAGAAACUCCUCAAAGAAUUAGAGGACACCAGGUUAACCACAGUAGCAGAGAAAUCCAGAAUCCUGCAGCUGGAGGAGGAACUGAGCCUCAGGCGCAGUGAGGUGGAUGAGCUCCGGCAGUGCCUGAGAAGCUCUCACCAAGCAGAGACCCCCGAGCAUAACCUUGGCUUGCAGUCAGAGGCCCUUCGUCUACGAGAUCAACUGCUGUCUGCCAACAAGGAGCAUCAGAAGGAGAGCAGCCAGCUGAAGGAGAAGUACGAGAAGACAUUGAAGAAGUACCAGCAGGAGAUGGAGAAGCUGAAAGCCACCAAUGAGAAGUACUCACAGGAAAUAGUUGACCUCAAGCAUAAGGUUCAGCAAGCCACUAAUGAGAACAUGGGGCUCAUGGAUAACUGGAAGUCCAAGCUGGAUACGCUAGCGUCUGACCACCAGAAGUCUUUGGAGGACCUCAAAGCCACACUGAACACAGGGCCUGACACCCAGCACAAGGAGAUUGUGGAACUGAAAGCAGUGGUGGAGAGUAUAAAGAUGGAGCACCAGCUUGAAAUGGAGAACCUGAAAGCAAAGCAUGACAUUGAGAUGGCUGUUCAUGUUAAGGAGAAAGAGAGCCUGAAGCUGAAGUUGCAGGAGGCUGUGGAGGAAGUAGAAAAAAGCAACAGCAACUGGAGAAUGCAACUGGAAGCCAAAAACAAUCAGCACCUCCUGGAGCUCCAGGAUGUGAAGGACAAGUGUCGAGAUGCUGAGCUGAGGGUGCAUGAACUGGAGAAACUUCAUGGUGAAUAUAAAGAUCAGACACAAGCAAUAGCUUUCUUAAAAGAGCAGAUUUCUUUGGCUGAGAAGAAGAUGUUGGACUAUGAAACGCUGCAGAAAACAGAAGCCCAGAGCAAACAGGAGAUCCACAGAUUGCAGGAAAAAGUGCUUGUCUUAGAGAACAAACUGCAGUCCAUGGAGGCCCUGCAUCCUUCUCAGCAUGCAAAUAUGAUUGAAACUAAUGAUAUUUCAGAAGAAAAGAUAAAGAUGAAGCAGACUAUGGAAGAUCUCCAAGACAAGCUGAGUAAAAGAGACAAAGAGGUGUCAUCGCUGGUCUCCCAGACUGAAACUCUAAGGGCCCAAGUAAGUGCUUUGGAAAAUAAAUGCAAAAGUGCAGAGAAGAAGGCAGAGUCGGUGUUAAAGGAAAAGAAGAGGCUGGAGGGUGAACUGGAAGCCUUGACCAAGAAAACGCACGAUGCUUCUGGGCAGCUGGUCCUGAUUAGCCAGGAGCUGCUCAAGAAGGAGAGGAGUCUGAAUGAGCUGAGAGCGUUGUUGCUGGAGGCCAACCGGCACUCCCCAGGGCCAGAGCGGGACCUGAGCCGGGAGGUCCACAAAGCUGAGUGGCGCCUGAAGGAGCAGAAGCUCAAAGAUGACAUCAAAGGGCUGCGUGAGAAGCUGGUUGUGCUGGACAAGGAAAAAUCAGUAACAGAUCAGAGACGGUACUCCCUGAUUGACCCCUCAUCAGAGUCAGAGGUGAUCCGGCUGCAGCACCGGCUUGUCAGCACAGAGGAUGUCCUGCGCAACGCACUGGAGCAGGGCCAUCAGAUGGAGAAGCUCAUGGAAGCGAUGAGGCUUUCCUCAGAAAAGACACAGACUGUUGGAAAUUCUGGAUCUGCUAACGGGAUUCACCAGCAGGAUAAAUCCCACAAGCAAGAGGAGAAGCUCUGAUAGAGAAGAGGUGAAGAGGAUCAUUUCACGCCAGUAUCAGCUCCUGUGCGCAGGCAGGAAAAACAAUAUCACAUCUGGCUUUAGCAUUUCCUAAAGACUAGACACAGUGUUUUCACUUCAAAGCAGGACAAUGUUUAUAAUGUACUAACUGAUGUAAUCAGGACAAUCCUGGAAUCCAGUUUUCCAAGACAGCCAUUGCUCCAGGAGGAGGAGAAAGAUUUCUCUGGGAUUGGUUUCUUACCUGUAUUGAUUUUUGACUGGAAUUUGUAUUGCUUGAGCUGCCCUUUUCCCGUUAACUGACAUGAUCUGGAUGACAGCUGCCUUGUGUGGUGGCUGAAAUGUCAGUGAGUCCUAAUAACCCCACAGGAACUGCAAAGGGAUUUGCUUGUGGUGUUAAACUCCAAAGCAUGUGCCCAGGGGCUGCACAAUUUUCACAAGGUCUGCCCUUCCCCUUCUACCCACCCCAGUGUCUUGAACUGCACGAGCAAGUGAAGUCUGCUGGCCUUGACUGUUCAUGCUGGUACACGUAGGCUGUGGAAGACAGGGUUGUGGGGAAAUGUUUCCCUCUGUGCCAAUGUAGAAGAUGUCUCAGUUCUAGAACGUGGAGGCUUCACUUAGUACUUGUAUAAUAGCAUGUUGUGGUAUCUAAUCUGAUUUCAAGGCGAUAUUUAUUUCAUUUAUCUCACCCACUGCUGUUUGGGGAAGGAUCUGUGGUGGCUCUGAGUUCAGAGGGGCAAGUGUACCUUUGGCCUUUCUGCCUGCAGAGAAAUCGCUGAGCAGAUCUGCUGGUGUGCUGGGCUGUGGCCAGACUGCCCAGCCUGGUCUCCCUGACUCGCUGUGGUUGUAUUUAAUCUUUAUCCGAGUGUCAGACUCCAUGUAGACAGCCCAAUCCUAGGGUCACUAGCCUCGGAGCUCCAUGCUGCCCGUGGUCAGUGUAGGACACGUGCCGAGAGGAGAUGGCUCCCUCUCUGCCUGCUCAAUUUGACAACUCCUCUGGGAUUGCCUGGCUGUUCCCCAGAGCUAUCCUUGGCUGUUCAGUAUAGUGCACCUGCCCUACUGUCAGAGAUGGACAAGGCUAAUGUGCAGCUGUGAGCAUUCAUGCACCAAUGGUUUGUCCCCAUGACUGUGUGACAGUGAAAGACAGGCCUUGACCAGGACAGGAGCUCACUAGCUGUAGCCAGGCAGACAAGUGAGGCUGUCUAUGUUUGGGUACAAAAAUCCUCUACUUGACACACAUGCAAACUUUUGGAGCAGAAGGAAUCCAGGACUGGGGCCCAAAAGGCCCAUAGGUCCAGGCAGUGUGGUGCAGGCCUAGGCAAGCACCCCACUUUGCCCAUGGGACCUGUGGUGGGUGAGUGUGCAGCACAGCAGGUGUGUGCUGCUUUUUUUUCCUCAUGGCCCCUCAGUGGGUACCAGCUGGCCUUGCAAAGGAAGCACAUGGAUUAUUUGAUCUUAUUGCUUUUUCUGAAGGCUUUACUCUGCUCUCUGUCUUUGCACCACGGUUCGCCAGGGACAUUAGGUUGGAGUAAGGGGAGAAUAUGCUCUUAAAGGUGUGAGAAAGCAUCCUGUAAAAGAGUCCAGUUCACUGUUCGGUACCAUAGGGCAGAGCAGUAGCAAUGUUUAACCAAGCUUCUCCUAGUGCCACACUGCCCCAUCCUUCAGGAGCUCAUCUGCUAGAAUGGGACAUCUGUGAGAGAGGAGAAGGUAGACGAGGCUAUUGAGAGAGAUCUGAGCCAGACCACAGGCAGAUGAGUAUUACAACACAUCAGCUUCAUUGCUUUUUGCCCUGAUUUUUCUUUUCGUGAAGCUGAGUUACUUUUUCUUCGUGGGUUACCCGGCUCUCACUUCCUUGAUUGAUGGGCAGCCAGAAACAAACUUGGAAAAACUUGGUUGUCAUGGCUUUAAUUCUGCUAUGGGGAUGAUGUUGCUGAAUCUUUCUGGGCUGUCCCUGCUCCAAAAUAUUGGUCCCUGCUCACUUGAUGCAGGAUUGUCUCGUCUCAUCCUCCCUCAAUUCAAAGAGAUGAGAGAGGGAGGUGACUUGAGGGUAGCAAAGCAGGUCAGAAAGCAUAGCUUAAGUCUGGCUCGUUGCAGGGGGAGAAGGGGGUGGGGAAUCUAAUUGGCUGGAAAUAAUUCAGAUGGGACCCCAUCCUGCCUUGCAGAAGUGUUUAAUCAGCUCUUACUAAUCACCAGGAAGACUGACACCAAUCACUGGCUAGUGCUAGGACUUUCAAGGGAUCGUAGGAGUGGAGUCCAAAAGCCUCUGGCCAGUGAUGGAGGGAGCUGAAUACACUUAGGAAAAUCCCAGAGGGAGUGUUCAUUGUUCCAGCUGGAGUAUCUCAGCUGGGAGCUGCUGUUCUUAAGAAGUUACGGUUGAUGUUCCCCUAAGUGCUGCUGCUGGCCUGAAUGGUCUCAGAAGUCAGCGCUGCAGCUCCCACUGGCUUGAAGGGCAGCAGAGUCGGGAUAAAGCUGAGUGCUUCUUGCAGUGCUGCCUUUCUCCAAUUCCAAGGUUUCCCCAGGGUUUUCUAUGAGUGUAGGGUUCCCAGGGCACCCACUUCUGGUUGCCCCUCUGCAGGGCUGCCGGGGCCUUUCUAGGUGGUAAGAGACCAAACUAGGGAGAACUCUGGAAAGGGACAAGGAAGAGAUUCCCCAGCCCCUCUAUUUAUUUGUAGGUUUAAAGGCAGGACUAGGGCAGGAUUGGGGCAGGGUGGUGAGCUGCUCAGCAGCUGGUUUGACCCAGCAACCUGUGCUUCCCACUCCUUGGGAGAAGAAAAAUUGGCACAGCGACACUGACAUCAGCACUAGACUCACUAUUAGUUGCGUUACUUCAGUGGUCAGUGAUGAUUUUCUGCUGAUGACUGAGAAAUUAUUGGGUGAAUAAAUUCCCCAUGGUGAGAAGGAAAACUUCCUGUUCCAUUUUAGUGAUUUCUUCUCCUACUGGCUAAAGGGGGGGGGGGGAACCCCACGCAGUCUUGGAUGGUGAUUGCAGCUUUAUCCCUCCUGCAGCAUCCAGACACCUGGAGCAAGGGGCAGUACCAUGCUAAUGCCAUACUGAACCAUGGGUGCUACGUUGCUAGCCAAGGCUUUACAGCUACUGCCUACCCCCGGCCGCGGUCGGUUCCUCUGGCUUUCAGUAGAGAUGCAUGAGGGUUUCAUUAAAACAAAACGAUGCAACUGACACUGCAAAAGUCUUAAAAGAUUCCAAUACUCCGUUGUUCGGCAGCUUUAGCAGUUCAACACUAUCUUGUAGGGAAUUAUUAAUACACUAAGAUCCUAUAGGCCUCAUGUAAGUUCCCAGAAUAAAGAUGAUACUAGGUGUAUAAAUGGAUGAUAACCUUUUACCCGUACAGUAUGUAUUACAAUUUUGUAGCUUAGUCAUUUUUUGGCUAUCAGAUUUUGUUAGUAUGAUUAAAAAAAAAACACACACAAAAAAUGGUUUGACUGCUAAUGUCUAUUUUGUUAUUUGAUUGAUUUUAUUUCUUCUUCUGUACAAAAGCUGUACAAAUCUCACUCUGUGUAACUACUACAGAUAUGUAAUCAUGUACCAUCAACCCCUGUCCUGGCUUGCUGGUGUGGUGAGCUCAUUACUAAACAAUAAAAUCUGUGGCUAAAGUUGG